AGGGCAAGCGCAUUUUCAUGAAGGACAUCAUGCACUACCUCCUCCCCCCAUACGGCAAACCCGCCAGCAUCGCGCCAUCUCUGAACAGAAUCAAGCGUGGCGUGGGCACCGAGUCUAACGGAGAGACUGCUCCCCUUUCGGCCGUUGGCGCCAACGGCACCAACGGCCACCAUGCCCAGCAGCUGAAUGGCACAAGCCCAGCCCAGAACGGGACCAAGAAUGGGCUGAAUGGCCACGCUGUGCUGGACCACUCCACGCCGGUGAAACCGGCCACCACCCGGGAGCCGUACCCGUACGACACGGCAGCCGAGCCUGGCAAUCCCACCGUGAUGCCCACGGAGAUCCUCUCCCAAUUCCAUUUUGCCUUCCUCAUCCGCGAUCCCCACCACAGUGUCCCUUCCUACUUCCGCUGCACCAUCCCGCCCCUCGACCAGGUGACGGGCUUCCACAACUAUGAUCCCUCCGAGUCCGGGUACGACGAGUUGCGUCGCACCUUCGACUACCUGCGUAGCGUGCGUCUGGUAGGCCCCCACAUUGCCACGCAGGAGCGUGACGCCGACGACAUCGACAACAAACUCCGACCGGUGACGAACGGCCUCAACGGGUAUGAAUCCGGAGCGGAGAUCUGUGUCGUCGACGCCGACGACAUGUUGCAGAAGCCGGCGGCCAUGAUCGAGGCAUUCUGUCGUAGCGUGGGCAUCGAAUAUACCCCCGACAUGCUGUGCUGGGACACCGAGGAAGACCACCAGGUCGCUCGGGAUAAGUUCGAGAAGUGGCGCGGCUUUCACAACGAUGCGAUCGAGUCGAAGGGCCUGGUUGCUAGAAAGCAUCCCCAUGCCGUCAAGACAGAAGAAGAAUGGGACGCCGAAUGGCGCAAGAAAUACGGCCCAGAGGCAGCAGACCUCAUCCGACAGACCGUCGACGCCAACAUGGCCGAUUACUUGUAUCUGAAGCAAUUUGCCAUGCGCGUGUAGGUCGAGUCAGGUCAGGAUAGAACAGAUUGUCCUUACGGGCCACCAUCGGGAGGAAAGAAGAAGAAGAAAGAGAGACCACCGGACGAAGAACCGGGGGACCGGAUCGAUUUUUAUAAGAAGAGGAGGAAGAAUGAUAUGAAAAGAGGGGUUAAUCCACUCUUUUAACUUCGGAAUGGUAUGCUGGGUGACGAAUGCUCAGGCAUGAUGAAUUCUUAGCUUUGAUGACGCCAUUUGAUGUGAUGAUGAUCUGUGCAUGUUGAUUUAUUUUUUGACUGAUUUGUUUGUGAUUUUUUUCAUGAGCCAUGCAUGCAUGCAAGUAUGUCAAGAAAGGAAGGGUGGGAGAUUGAAUUUAAUUCUGGUGGAAUAUGAUUGAUU